GUCGAAGUUGUAGAUGACUUUCAGGUAGAACAAGAAGAGCAACAUGCUGAGGUUUUUAUCGAGUCAAUCGCCGACGUGAACAAGCGACGCCUGCAUCUUGUCGGCAACCGGCUACAGUCGGUGAAAGCGAAGCUCGACCGAGGGGGGACGAACCUGGAG